AUGCUGACCAUUCAGAAGUUACAUCCGAACCCCUUCUCGAACCAGCAACCGCAACAUCAGGAACCUCAAAGGCUAUCUGGCAUAUAUCAAUACCACAAUGCUCCCGAAGUACUACCCGAACAUGGACUCGAGUACGAUGAUAAUACAUAUCCCGUCUCGGACAAGUACCCGGUGACCAGCAUGGACGACUAUCCCGCCAGUUUUAACGCACAACAAUAUCGCAACAACAACAACAAGCCGCCGCGCAUCAUUUUUGGAAUGAAAGUGCGGUCUUUUCUGCUCGUGGCCCUAGUGUUUGUCUUGAUAGUAGUCGGUGCGGUGGUGGGAGGCACAGUCGGCCGAAAUGCAUCUCAUGCCGCGAACGCGACAGCCGUGGUCAACGAGCAAAGCUCCCGGGGUCCGCACAAUCGCCGCCUCAGGACCAACCACAACAUCGGCGACAUCUGCCACAACAACAACAGCCGCAUCUACAACAGCACUAUCAACACCAACCUCGUUUUGGGGUUUCACAACUGGCACAGCGGUGUACCAAAGAUUGCUGGUGAGCUCAAGAAGAAUCCGGCGCCGCUUCGUCUAGGCGUACUGGGAGCUGCUGCCAUCAAUCCUGGUGCUAUAUUUGACCCGGUCUCCAGGCACCCAGACGUCGUCAUUGCCGGCAUCGCCUCCCGCAGCAAAGCCAAGGCAGAGCAACAAAUCAAGGUCUGCAGUCUCCCUGUAGCCAGAGCAUAUGGCAGCUACGAAGAUCUCCUCAGCGACCCCAAGAUCGAAGCAGUAUACAUCUCACUCCCGAACGGCCUACACUUUGACUGGACAAUCAAAUCCUUACGCCAAGGCAAACACGUGCUAGUAGAGAAACCCAUCGCAUCCAACGCUGCACAAGCGCAAGAGAUAGCAAAUGUCAGCCAAGAGACUGGUAAAGUGGUGUUGGAGGCGUUUCACUGGCGCUUUCAUCCCGCAGCACAUUUGUGCAAGCAAUUAGUUGCUAGUGGAGAGUAUGGCAAAGUGAAGGAGGUAACAACAAAAAUGGCUCUGCCGGCUGCUUUCCUGUCUAAGGAUGACAUCCGUUUCAAUUACGAUUUGGCAGGUGGCAGUUGCAUGGACUUGACAUACGUGUUUAGCGCCACCUCAUAUUAUGCCACCAGCUCCCUCGCAGAAGCAAAGAUUGAAGUCAUCGAGGCAACAGCGAGGACAAACAAGAAGGAUCCGCUGGUGGACGAGGCAAUGCAAACCACCUACACCGUCACCUCAAACGGAAACACUGUAACAUGCCAUACCCAGUGCGAUCUCGCUGCACCCUGGCUUUGGGGCAUCAUACCUCCUUUCUGGGAUCUGACGGCAGGUAUAACCUUCACCUGCGAGAACGCAAGCAUCCACUACACCAACUUCCCAGGCCCAUAUCUGAACCACUCAAUCAAUGUCCGGGAUAACGCAACCGGCGUAACGACAAAACAUCAAGCACUUGUGGAUGGUCCACAAUGGCUGAACAGAGGCGAAAAGUGGUGGACGACAUACCGAUAUCAACUCGAGGCUUUUGUGGAUAGAGUUAGGGGUGUGCAGUCUGGUAACUCGGUGGCUGAGGCAGAAGAGCUGGACGGGUUACCGUGGGUUAGCAUGCAAGACUCUAUCGCUGUGAUGGGGAUUAUUGACAAGGUCUAUGAGAAAGCAGGGUUGCCGUUGCGUAAAUAA